UCCGCACCUGCAUCUUUCCCGUCACCGCCUCUCCACUUCCGCCCUCCCCGCCCCAGCCAAUCGCCUGCCCCAGCGCCCGCGCCUCAGCCAAUCAAAACGCGCCCCGCCCAAAGGUCCCGCUCCCGCCAAUCAGAAGGCGGCAGCUCGGAGGCAGCGCCACGUCCCUGUGCCUCCAUUGGGUGGAGGGGAAAGGGCGUGGUCAGUGCGGACCAAUCGGUGCGGGCAGUGGGAGUUUCGGGUGCCGAUCCCGAUCCCGGUGCAAAUCCCGAUCCCGGCCAUAAUCCCCGUCCCAAACCGGGUCCCAUUGCCGGUCCCGGUUCCAAACCUGGCACCAGUCCCGGUCCCGGUCCCCAGGUGCCCCCAGAGCGGAUCCCGGAUCCCCUGGGAAGCGCUGGGUGCCCCAGCAGACACCCGGGAUCCCCCCGGGACCCCCAGCAGCCGCCCCAAAAGGAGCCCCAGUCCCUGGGGGGGUCCCGGAGCGGAUCCCGGAUCCCCCCGGGCCCCACAAUCCCCUCCGGAGCCGGGAUCCCCCGGGACCCGCUGGGACCAUCCCCGGGAUCCCCUCGGGGAGCGGCUCCGGGGCUCCCGCGGUGUCCCCGUGUCCCCGUGGGGUCACAUCCCGCUGCCGGUGCCUGACCCUGGUGCCACCGAGCCGCCGCCCCCGGGCCCCGAGCGCUGCCACGGCCACCCGGGGCCACCCGGGCCACCUCCCGGGGCCACCCAGAGCCACCCGGGCCACCUCCCGGGGCUGGCACCGCUCCCUGUCAUGAAUAUUCAGCCGCGCCUGGCCCGGCCCCGCUGUUUGCUCGGGCAGGAGGGGUUUGGGUUCACCUUGACGGGAGCACCGGGACAGCCGCAGGUGAGCGGCACCGGCCCGCGCUGCCCCCCGGGACAGCCCGGGACACACCCGGGACAUCUCCGGGACACCCCCGGGACCCCGGGAGGCGGCAGGAGCAGGAUGGCCGACGGGCACGGCUGGUGGAAGCUGACGUUCCUGCGGAAGCGCCAGGCAGCGCCCGCCGUGCUCUACGAGAGCCCCGAGGGGCCCGCGGCGCCCGGCGGGGACAGCGCCGAGGGCACGGGCCCCGAGGGCACCCCCGGCUUCGCCGCCCGCCUGGAGAAGAUCGUGGACAAGAGCACCAAGGGCAAGCACGUCAAGGUCUCGCACUCCGGGCGCUUCAAGGAGAAGAAGAAAGUGAGGGCGACGCUGGCCGAGCAUCCCACCCUGUGCGGGGCCGGCGAGCGCGACGAGAAGUGACCCGGGCGGAUUGUCGCCCGCCGGGGACGGGAUGGACAGGAGGACUCAGGAUGGAAUUCACCUGCGGCGGGGACAGCCCGUGAGCCCAGCCCGGGCAGAGCGGGGCCGGCGCUGCCCGCCCCGCCCGCUGCCCGGCGCUGACCGGUUCGGACCGGGAUGGACGCUCCCCGCCCGGCUCUGCCCCGAUCCCGAUCCCGAUCCCGGUCCCCUCCUCCCGUCCCGUUCUGGGGCUGGGCCCCGCUCGUGUCCCGGUCCCGAGGGGCUGCGGAGCCGCCCUGCCGAGACCCCCGGAGGGGAUGCGACACUUCCCUGUCCCGAGGGAGCGACCCUGCGGGCCCGAUCCCGCUCCCGGAGGAGCCGCGUUCCCCGGAGGAGCCGCUUUUCCCGGGAAUCGCCCCCCGGAGGAGCCGCUUUUCCCGGGAUUCUCCCCCCGGAGGAGCCGCUUUCCCGGGAUCGCCCCCCGGAGGAGCCGCUUUCCCGGGAUCGCCCCCGCUGCUGGAAGCGGGGGUCCCGCCCCGCGGCCCGGGAUGCUGGGAGCGCUCGCGCCUGCUGCUAAUUAACUGCGGUUAAUAAACCGAGCCUGGGAGCGGAGACGGCUCCGGGAGAGCUCCGCGGAUCCCCGGAUCCAGCCCCGAAGGGGGGGAAGCUCCGGAUCGCCGCGGGACGCGGGUGGGAGCGGGGCCGCGCCGGGGAAUCCCUGAGCGGUGAAGGAGGAGGAAGAGGAGGCGGAUCCCGAAACGCGGCAUGGAAGGGUGGGAAGGCUCUGGGUCCUUCUGGGAUCGCGCUGGGAGCCACCCCGGGAAUCCCUGAGCCCUGGAGAAGCGGCCGGAGCUCCCCGCUCCCUGAGCCCGCGGGGAAAGGGACGAUCCCGGAUCCCGGAUCCUCGAUCCCGGCCCCGCAGGGCGCGGCUGUUCCGGAGCCCAGCCCCGGUUUCCCGGCACGGGGCCGGUGCCGGUGCCGCCCUGGCUCGGUUCGCUCCCGGGAUCCCGGAUUCCCGGCGGGAAUGGGAGGGCAGCGGUUCCCUUUCCCCCUGGAAUUUGGGACAUCGCUCCCCUCGUGUCCUUCCCAAGGGACGGGCACAGCCGGGGGGUCCAGAGCCACUCGGGGGCUGUGACAGUGCCACAAAGGGGGUGGCACCGCUGGGACAGGCACGGUCCCCCCCAGGGCCGGCGGGCACGGAACCGGGCCGGGUUUUGGGGCCG